GUCAGUGAUGUUGCCAACGCUGUUCUCGAUGGUACCGAUGGUGUCAUGCUCUCUGGGGAGACUGCUGGUGGGAAGUUCCCCGUUGAAUCUCUUACCAUUCAGCGUCGUAUCUGUGAAGAGGCUGAGAAGGCUAUUGACUACGACGCCUUAUUCUUGAGGAUUCGUACUCGGGUACUGAAUCACAGCCCCUCUGGGCUCUGCACGCCUGAAGCUGUUUGCUCGGCUGCUGUUGACCUCGCGGCUGAGACAAACUGUGGUUUAAUUAUAGCUAUAACAGAAACGGGUGCCACCGCUCGUCUAUUGACGAAGUAUCGUCCGGCCCAACCCGUGCUCGCCUUGUCCACAUCCUUAUCGACGAUGAGGUCUUUGAGUAUAGUCCGGGGUGUCAGAGCUCUACAGGUGCCCUCUUUCCAGGGUUCAGACAGAAUCAUUCAUAAUGCUCUUGAGCAUGCUAAACAGAUGGGCUUUGCUAGAGUCGGUGAGAAGGUUGUAGCUGUUCAUGGUAUGAGAGAGGAGACACCCGGAGCUGUCAAUGUUAUGAAAGUUCUUCUUGUUGAGUGA